AUGAAGAACACCUCAAUGGCGUCGUUGCUCGUCCCGCUCUGCCUCUGCUUCGUCCUCCUGCGCGGCGCCUCCGGCCUGGGCGGCGGCAGCUGCGACCGCAUCGACCGCCGGAUCCGCGCGCUCGAGCCCACGCGCCGCGUAGACUCCGAGGCCGGGCACACGGAGUUCUACGACGAACGCGACGGCCAGCUCGCCUGCGCCGGCGUCACCGCCGCGCGCAUCACCAUCCAGCAGAACGGCCUCCUCCUCCCCUCCUACUCCAACUCCCCGCGCCUCGCCUACGUCGUCCAGGGCAAGGGCAGCGUCGGCGUCGUCAUCCCCGGCUGCCCCGAGACGUACCAGGAGACGUCGUCGUCGUCGCAGCAGGAGCAGGAGCAGGAGCACGACGAGCGCCGCCGCGGCGGACGGCGUGGCGAGGAGAGACGACGGUCGAGCGAGGGAGAGGAGUCGGAGGAGGGACAGGAGGAGACCAGCCGCCGCAGCUUCGAGCAGUCCAUCCGCGACGAGCACCAGAGGAUCACCACCGUCCGCCAGGGCGACGUCGUGGCCAUCCCCGCCGGUGCGCCGUUCUGGGUGCACAACGACGGUGACGGCGCGCUCGUCGCCAUCGCCGUCUACGACGUCAGCAACAACGCCAACCAGCUCGACCAAACCUCCAGGCGUUUCCGGCUAGCCGGCGGGCAGACGAGCAGCGAGAGGCGGCGCGAGGGCGAGUCCGAGUCGUCGGAGUCGGAGACGGAACGCGGCGGCGAGGAGUCCUACAACAUCCUGAGCGGCUUCGACACCGAGCUGCUCGCGGAGUCCAUGCGCGUCAGCCGCGACACCGCGCGCAAGCUGCAGGGCCGGAACGACAAGCGCGGCAACAUCGUGCGCGUCCGCCGCGGCGGCCUGCACCUGCUCCGCCCCGCGACGGAGCGCGUGACCGACGAGGAGAUGAUGAGGGGCGCCAACGCCGGCGCGGCCGCCGCUGGAAACGGGGUCGACGAGGCCCUCUGCUUGAUGAAGCUCCGCGAGAACGUCGCCGACCCGAUGAAGGCCGACCUCUACACCCCCAAUGGCGGCCGCAUCACCGUCCUCAACAGCCAGAAGCUCCCCGUCCUCAAGCUCAUCAAGAUGAGCGUCAACCGCGGCGUCAUGCGCCGGAAUGCGAUCCUGGCGCCGCACUGGAACAUCAACGCGCACGCGGCGGUGUACGCGACGAGCGGGAGCGCGCGGCUGCAGGUGGUGAGCAGCGAGGGGCGGCGGGUGUUCGACGGCGAGCUGCGGCGCGGGCAGAUGGUGGUGGUGCCGCAGAGCUUCGCGGUGCUGGGGAGCGCCGGCGACGAGGGGUUCGCGUGGGUGUCGUUCCAGACGAGCGACGACGCCAUGAACGCGCCGAUCGUGGGCAAGUCGUCGGCGCUGCGCGGGAUGCCGGCGGACGUGCUGGCCAACGCGUUCGGCGUGUCGAGGGAGGAGGCGCGCAGGGUCAAGUUCGGGAGGGGGCAGGAGCUCGCCAUCUUCUCGCCCAAGUCCGGCGACCGCAGGGACAUGCUCGCCGCCGCGGCCUGA